AUGGAGUCGGAUAAUAGUUUAUGGGAGUCUGAAGAAGGCGUUCCCCAUAUUGACGACCCCUUCAUUCAACGCUUCCUCGCUGGCCGUCUUUCUUUGAUCCAGCGUGAGGAGUCGCAGCGACAUGAUGCCAACCUCCAUAAUGCCCUGCCCCCGGUGGCCAAAAAAGCAUGCGAGAUCGUCUCCCAAGUAUGUGCCCGGGAAUUGGCACAGCUCCAGCAAGCUGGUUACCCGUCAGACGGCAUCCCCCAUCCGAGCCUCAUGUCCGACACGGCAAAGGCACGGCUAGGGGAGUCCGAUCUUUGGAAGAUUGUACGACAUCUACCCAAGGGUUCUCUUCUGCACGCUCAUUUGCCAGCUAUGGUCGAUACGGACUUUCUUAUCGACCAAGCGUUUGCUACCUCGGGAAUCCACAUAUCUGCUCCAAAGCCACUGGUAACGCAGCGCGACUACCAAGACGCGCCGUUCACUAUUCAAUAUUGCUCUGGUUCUACGGAUCCUACAGAGAAGCCUGCGCCGUGGGCAGAUGACUAUGAGCCAUCGACUCAGAUUGAGCUGAAGAGUGCUGCUGCUUCCUUCCCCGAUGGGGGUGAAGCAGGGUUCCGUAGAUGGCUUAAAAGUCGUUGCACCCUAACAUCCCAACAGUCACACAAUGUCCCACGUGGCAGCAGAGCAAUAUCGGACUUCUUCAACGUCCGCUUACCUGUCAUCAAUUCGAUCUUUCAAUACGAACCCAUCUUGCGAGCCUGCCUCCGUCAGAUUCUCUCACAGCUGGCCGCGGAUGGGAUAAGGUAUGUCGAGUUCAGAGUCGCGUUUAAUUUCCAAUACACUCUGGAAGGACGUGAUAAACCAGAAGAGGAUUACGUCGAGUGGUUCCGCAUCUUCGAUGAAGAAGUCGAGCGCUUCAAGGCUUCUGAAGAAGGCAAGAAAUUCUAUGACGCGCGGGUGAUAUGGGCCACCAUGCGCAGGUUAUCAAACAAGGAGAUUGGCUUAAGCAUGCAGCAGUGCCUUCUGGCAAAGGAAGAAUUCCCUGAUUCGAUCUGCGGGUUUGAUUUACUUGGGGUCGAAAGUGAUGAGAGGCCACUCAAUGAUCUAGUACCGAUUCUGUUUUGGUUCCGUGCACGCUGCGCUGAAGCAGGUGGCCGUGGUCGUCGCGCGGACGAGGGAAUGGAGAUCCCAUUUAUAUUCCAUGCUGGCCACUGCCUGGGCGAUGGAGACCAAGCGGACGAUAAUCUAUUCGACACAGUCUUGUUAGGCACCCGAAGAAUCAGCCAAGGUCUCUCACUAUAUAAACACCCUUUGCUCAUUGACGUGCUCAAGCAAAAGAAUAUCUUGAUUGAAUGUUCACCGAGUUCAAGCGCAUGCCUCGGCCUCACCAGCAGCUUCCAAUCUCAUCCGCUUCCAGCUCUUCUAUCUCGUGGAGUGUCUGUUGCCAUCGCCAACGACUCGCCAGGCGUCUUCGGGCUUGGAGCGAAUGGUCUGUCAUCAGAGUUCUACCAAGCUUUGCUUGCAUUCAACAGCAUGGGCCUCAGUGGUCUCACGAUGAUGGCGGAGAACUCGGUUCGUUGGAGCUGCUACGAAGAUCAGUCUUCGAAAGAAUGGGCAACAGACCUCCAAGAAGCGAUCCUCGGGGAGAGCAUCAAAGCUGCUCGCUUACGCGAAUUUUACACUGAUUUUCAGAAAUUCUGUGAGUGGGUGGUUGAGACCUUCGAAGAAAAGUAUAAUCUUGAGUGA